AUGAAGGACUUUGUUCAGAGUACAGCUGGUGAAGAACUAGGAGGCAACCGACCACCUUCGCUUGCGUCUUGGGGUAACGACAAGAACGAUCACACUGAAAAACCUUCUUGGGGCAAGGCAACUGAGAAGAAUCUCGGCUGGGGCAAGGAUACUGACAACGGUUGGCAAGAAAAGAACCUCAACGAGAACGACAAGAAGGGUUGGUACUCAACCGAUGAAGAUCAAGCUGCAGGCUGGAACGAUACAGAUGACAACAAGAAGAUCCAGGCGGACAGUGACUGGAAUAGGAAAGACAACGGUUGGGAUAACACCCCUUCCUCCCCCAAACAAGAGCGAGUCGAUAAGAUGAACGACUGGGCCGGUCUCAAAUCCGCCUUGACAUCCGCUUUUGCCAACCCACCAGCCCCAGCACCAGCACCAGAAGCCCCCUGGCCAACCCAAUCAUGGAGCUUUCCCGCCGACAACGCCGUAAAGCCCGCUCUUCAACAGCCAACGCCUACACCCUCCGCCUCCGCUCCAGCACCGCCAGCCCCGGCACCGGAGAAGGGCAGAUCACCUACCCAACGCAUGAGCAACAAAACCCUCUCUCGAUACCGACCCAAUCAUAACUUCCCCUCCCGCAUCCAUCCCAAACCCACGCCAAACUUCACGGCACAACCACACUGGCAAUUCCCUCCUCCUCCUUCUACCUCCACACCCAAAACCCCGAUCCACGCCUCCUCCUCAACCGACACGUACAUUGCGCCCGCAGAACCGUGCCUCACCAUCAGCAAAUCCACGUCCAGCAAAAGCGGUAUCGAACACGCCGUGCGCGCAGGCAAGGCAACAGAGUACGGUCAUGUUGUCGGGCGACCUGAGUAUCUAGAUCGUUUGGAGAAGCCGUAUGCGGUGUUUCGGUUCAAGUAUCGGAGUGAGGGGGUACUGAAAGGACUGGGUGUACUUGGGGAUGGUGACAUGAAGCAUGAUGGGGAUGCGGAGAAGGAGAAAGCAGAGAAGUUGAAGAGUGUGCCGCAGGAGGAGUUGAUUGCGAAGAUGUUGGCUUUGGAGAGGAGGUUGGAGGGUAAAGAGGUUGGGAAGAGUACUACUGUUGCUGGUGCUAGUGGCGAGAAGGAGAGGAAACACAGUAAGAAGAGCAUCGACAAGGAGAAACAGAAGUCGAAACAGAGACGGUCGAGUGAGAAAACGGAGGCGCACGGCGAUGGCCGGGUGAAGGACUUUACAGAGCAGUGGGUUGAGCGGCAUUCAAGAGAUCCGAGUAUAAAGGCGAAGAGUGCGGCUGUUAAGGAAGUAGGCUGGGAGGGAGACAAGGAAAGGAAGGAGAAGGAAGUAGUGGGAACGUGGGGACAGGAUGCGAAUGAGGGAUGGGGAGGUGGAGGUAUGACAUGGUAA